AUGGAAAACGUUAGUUCCAUCAACCUUCAAGUCAUGCCUGGUGUUGUGCGUUAUGGGAAUAUCAGUCCUAUCAUUGACAAAAUUAAAGAUCAACUCUCUAUUUAUAAAGGUAAAAUUUUAUCCUUUCAAGAUAGAGUUGUACUUAUUAAGUCCGUAAUAGCAAGUUACUCCAUUCAUAAUAUGGUGGUUUAUAAAUGGCCGGAGAAGUUUAUUCAACAAUGUGAAAGGGUGAUUCGGAAUUUCCUUUGGUCCGGUGACUCAAAUAUGUCAAGAGCCUUUGUGGUUGGUUUUGAUAAGGUGUGCAGUCCUUAUAGUGAGGGUGGCCUUGGUCUUGUGAAGAUGGAAGUUAUGAAGAAAGCUUUACUCAUGAAGCUGUGGUGGAACAUCAAAAAUUCUUCUAAGAAAUGGGCUCGUUUUCUUGAGGCUAAAUUCACAACGAAAGAAGGGGUUGUCAAAGAUUACUAUGUUAAAUCCUCUAUUUUUCCAGGGAUCAGGUGGGUGCAUAAGGAAGUUGAUGCUAACUCUAAAUCCUUGUUAGGAGAUAGCAGAGCUACUUCCCUAUAUUUCAACAUUUGUUAUGGUAAUGAAUCUCUUGCGGAUAUUAUUGGUGUUGACGGCCUGGACAGAACUGCUAGAGUAAGUGAUUUAAUUCAGGAUGGUGGUUGGGUUUUGCUGGACAUUCAUUUGCAGAAUUUGACAGAAGAUGGAGUCGUUUAUGAAAACUUGCCAAGUCUAAGUAAUGGGCCUGACAUGAGGGUGUGGAUGCCUGACUUGAAAGGGAGAUUUUCAGUCUCUUCAGCAAGAGAUAUUGUUCGUACAAAGUACCCAGCUAUGGAAGGUGCGAAACCGAUUUGGAGGGGAGAUGUUCAUCCUUCGUUAGAAGCUCAAAAUUGGAAAUUUAUGCGUGGGGCUUGCGCUACUCUUGACAAGGUUUCAGGCAUUUUUGCUUUGAAACCUGAUGUAAAUCCAAUUACUUCUUAUAAGGCUGCGUCAGGUAGGAGUCAUAUGGUGAAGGACCUUUGGUUGGUUGCGAAUUUGGUGAUCAGUGCUGAGCUGUGGUAUAAUCGAAACAAAAUCACGUUUAAGAAGAAAGUUAUGAGAUGGAACUUGUUUAUGCAGCGUGUUUUUAAGCAAAUAAGUGACUAUUCUUGUAACUUGAAGGGAGAUAUGCAUAAUACAGUGGAAGAUGUCUGUGUGCUUGAUUUCUUUCGGGUGAGACAUAGGAAAAUAAAGCAUGCUGAACCAAUAGAUUGUUUUUGGUCUCCUCUGGAUUCAAAUGAACUGCUCAUUUGUUGCGAUGGCGCGUCGCAAGGCAACCCAGGGUCAGCUGGAGCAGGUGUGAUAGCGAGAGAUGCAAACUGUGGUGUAGUAGGUGCUAUGAGUAUUGGGCUAGGUUUGCAACAAACUACUUGGCAGAGUUAUAUGGUAUCCUUUUGGGUCUUGAAUGGGCUGUGCAAUGGGGUUAUUCAAAAAUCCUGGUUCGUACAGAUUCGUUCAGUGUAG